AUGCGGCCCUGCGCCUUUAAACCCGGAGUGCGUCACGAGCCCCGCCCCGGAGCAACGCGCGCGGCGCGGGGGCGUGGGCGCCCCGCCAUUGGCCGGGCCGCGCCGUGUUUUGGAACGUGUGUGCGGGAGCGAGCGCUCCGAUUGGAGCGAGGGCCUGCCUGUCUGCGUGCCUGGGGGCGGGCGGCCGCCGGGCCUCGGCGUUCUGUUCCCGGGUCCUCCGCGUUCCCCUUCCAGGAGGGUCCAGCCGCGAGUCCCGCGGGAGCAGAGCGCCCCGCGCCGGUGCGUGCCGCCGGGACGGAGGUAUGGCCCAGAGGGCGGCGAGGCGGACCCGGGUCCCCAGCCCCGCGCGUGGCCCGCGUCCGGGACGCGGUUCGGGGGCGUGGCCCGCGGUCACCCCUGGAGGGUGUGGGGGACUUCGGGGCGUCGGUGACUGCCCGCGGUGCGGUCGCGCCCCGCGCGGCUGUGGGCCGCCGCCGCCUGCUCGGCCUGGGUCAGGGCCGCGACUUUGGCCGAGGAGCGAGCACGGGCGGCGUCCGGGACGGGUUGCCUAGAACAGGUGCUGGAGUUAAAAGCGCUUCACGGUUUGCGAAACGGAUUCCGGGUCCCGCCGGGAGCGCGGCCAGUGCUGGCCCCCGUGCCGCGGAUGAGGAGGCAGAGCCCGGCUGCGGGGCCCGGGGGGCAGCCGGCCGGCCCGCGACCUCGCGGGCCCCAGAGCGGCGUCUUAUUUUUAGUUUGCCCCCUCCAGACAGGUCGGGGAGGGCAGAAGCCCUUGGCGCCCCGGCGGGCGGUGACCUUGUAGUCGGUGGACGGGCCCCGGGGGAUUCCCCUCCACGCUCCGAGCGCCUGGCCCCGCCGGCCCACACUGAGGGACUGCGCCCUUCUGAGUGUUCCUCGCUGCUCCCAAGGCGCUUUUACAGCGGCGGAGGACACUGCUCUAGCACUGUCCCAGGCCCGAGAGGCCCGGGAAGCCCUCUGGGACUGCAUCUUCAGGGGUGCCUGCUUGCCACCCUGGCGGUGGGGCCUUCGGCCUUGACUUGCACGUACCCACGGCAGGAGGCUCCCACCUUCCGAAGCAGCCUGGGUCAUCCCUCUCGCCUGUCCUGUGACUUCAUAGUUCUGCCACUGAUAGUCUUCCUGCACUUCUUACCAAAGAUCUGA